AUGGCCAGCUUUGAUCUGACUGUCCUCGGAUCCUCUGGUGGACCUGCUGAUGGGAAAACAUGUGCAUUCUUGUUGAAACCUUCGGGUUUGACUUUCGACCAGAUAUUAGACGGCCAGAUGAACGAUUGCUUGUUGUGUGUGGAUGCUGGUACUGGAAUAUCUGGAUUCUGUGAAAUAUUGCUGCUGCAUUUGCGCAAUCGGCUUUCACAGCUCCAAAAGGACGACAUUGACAUUUUAAGUUACUACAAAGAUUCUUUGGAAAUCUCGGAUUACACUAGCAUCGAAACGGUGGUGCCGUUUGGAAAUCCUCGGGAAGAGGCCGUUGCUUCCAUGGGUGUCUUCGAAUACGCUUCCAAGCUGUUCAACUUGAUAUCGGCAUAUCUUAUCACUCAUUCCCACAUCGAUCAUGUGAGUGGGUUGCUGGUCAACUCACCUGCUUUCUCACAGCCUGUGAUCACCUCUAACAGCCCUCGGCCGCGCCGUGUUUCGCUCACCAGCUCCAAGAAGAUAUAUUCCAUUCCCUCUGCAAUAGACAAUAUACAAAACCAUCUUUACAACGAUUUGGUUUGGCCUGAUCUUACGGCUGCUCACACGGGGUCAUCCAUUUCGCUGAUGAAGUUGGAGCCUGAGCAGUUGGUUCAGCUCAACUGCUGGUUUGGGGUGGAGACUUUUGUGAUUUCCCAUGGUAUUAUUCCCCAUGAGCAUAAGGAUGAGAUGUUUGAGAGCUCAGCUUAUCUGAUAACAUUGAAGCCUCCCAAAGAUGAUGGUGGAGCCAGUGCUGACUCUGAAUCUUCUUUUCCCUCCAAACUACUCUUCUUCGGAGAUGUCGAGUCAGAUUCAACAUCAAUUAGCCCGCGAAACCAUCGCAUAUGGCGUGAAGUAGCCCCCUUGGUUGUGAGCGGCCAAUUGCGUGCGGUAGUGAUAGAAUGCUCUAAUUACAAUCUCCCCAAGACGGUACCAUUGUUUGGCCAUAUGACCCCGACCCAUCUGAUUAGCGAAUUUGUCACUCUGGCUAAAGAAUGCUCGCUACUGUCUGGAGCAGCCUACCACCCGCUAGACGGUUUACAUGUUCUCAUUACCCAUGUCAAGGAGACGGAUAGUAGUUGCGAUCCUCGGAAGAUCAUUCUGCAGCAACUCCGAGAGCUUAACGAUUCUCAUGAUCUCAGACUAAAUUUCACCAUAGCUCUGCCUGGGUUGACAUAUAAGAUAUGA